CUCUAUCCGUGCCAUUUAUUUCUAGCGAGACUUUUAAACCGAAGACAACGGUGAUUGGGCGGCGGAGUCACGGGGUCCGCAGUCGUUUCGCCCUGCCUAGAGUCAGUCAGUCAGUCGGGGGAAGGCGAGUCUGCCUGCAAGCGUUUCACUCUGCGUGGAUCCACCGUACACACGCGCGCGCGCUCACGCGGACCUUCACACGCAAUUAUUGUUAAUUACCGAAGGCUUUUCGGUCUUUCGAGAGUCUCCUAUCCACCAUGGGCGACAAAAAGAGCCCGACCAGGCCAAAACGACAAGCCAAACCGACGGCGGACGACGGCUUUUGGGACUGUAGCGUGUGCACGUUCAAAAACAGUGCAGAAGCGUUCAAAUGCAGCAUCUGUGAUGUACGGAAGGGCACGUCUACCAGGAAACCCCGGAUAAACUCCCAGCUGGUGGCUCAGCAGGUGGCCCAGCAGUACGCCACCCCUCCUCCCCCAAAGAAAGAGAAGAAGGAAAAGCCGGAGAAGGAUCGAGGCGAGGGGGAGCGACCCGACAAAAAUCUCCCCGACAGCGAACACGUGGACAAGGACAAGAGCGAGAAGGAACAGCCCGACAAAGAGAAAAAAGACAAAGAGAAAGAAAUCACACCAGCCAUCACCAAGAAACCCAACAGCAAAAAGAGCAGGUCCGUUUGUCACCGACCCAAGUCAGACAGCCAUCAAAGCCCACCCAGUGAAAGAAACAGCUUUCAAUCUGGCAAAUCCACAACCAAGACCAAGAACUCCCACAUCUCCAGGCCCAAGCUGAAGAACAUCGACAGGAGCACAGGCCAGCAGCUGGCCAUCACAGUGGGGAACGUCACAGUGAUCAUAACAGACUUUAAGGAGAAGACCCGCACCUCCUCCACCUCCUCCUCCACAGUCACCUCCAGCGCCGGCUCGGAACAGCAACACCAGAGCUCCGGCUCCGAGAGCAUGGACAAGGGCUCGUCUCGUGCUUCAACCCCAAAGGGGGGAGACCUGUCAAUCGGGCACGACGAGUCAUUCUAAGCGCUACGAACAUUGUCCAUAACGUUGUGAACCCCAAGGGAUGUAUUUUGCCUCCAUUUUCCCUCACCUCGCCCUGAGCUUACUCCUUUCUUUCAUCAAGAAAUGGAUAUACGUUAUUCUCCACACAAGUUUGUGCACACAUUACAUGUACGUUUGUGUGCAUGGCGCAAAUGCAUAUCACUGGACCACGGAUUUGGGCUUUUGGGACGUAACGUCCCUCCCUUGUUUUCCUGGAAAGACAUCCCGCUCUUGUAUGUAUUGUUUUAUAUUUGUAAGUGGAUGUGCAGCUGAAUCGCUUUCUCUUUUGUUAAAAAAUACCUAUAUGUAAAUGUCCACCGUGCACAAUAACCACCUACAUUUUAACUGUUUUGGACCAUUAUCGCUUCUUAUUUAUUACGUUGCAUCUUUCUACUUUUAGACAUUGGUUUCGUUUUUUGUUGAUGCUUUUUUGAGUAGCUCAAGCAGACGGCUCCCCUCUUAGUGUUGAACGAUUUUUCCUGAGAAACUUCCCACAAUGGUGCUAGAUACACUGUGAAAUGGUUUCAGUCGUUCACACCAUUGAAACAGAUCCCGCUCCACUCACGUAGACAAUGGAAAUAUUUGUGUCCUGGUGUCAGGCUGCAUUCUUCUUCUUCUGCUUUGUUUUGGGAUUUUGCAAGACCAUAUUGAACAGUUGUGCAUCGGUGUCUGGUUUCACCCGCAAACCCCUAUCUUCGACUAACUGAACGAAGCAGCGUUUUUGCCUCAUUUGAUAUUGGGGAGACGACUAGGAUUGACAAACUGCAAGGAGGCGUGCAUGGUGUGAACUUUGGAUUCGGAAGUUCAAAUGAUGUUGACUUAAACGUCAGCGAUUCUCACUUUUUAUUGAACAGCUUUUGUUGUCCAUCACGGUAUACGAAUGAUGUAUUCUAAAAACACUACAAGGGUUUGACGUCUCAUCGGGUCAACAGGCCUUAAAUGUUGAACUACAUUGUGCAUCCUGCAGUUUUUGAUUGAUUGAUUGAUUGAUUGAUUGAAUGAAACAAGUUUUAAUGUUUCUUACUCGGCCUUGUUUUAAUCUGAAGAUUUACCUGGAAUUGUUUCACGGUUUAAUAUAAAUAAUCCAAUAGGAGACAUUGAAGAAAUUAAAUUGAAUGUCUGGUGCAGAACUCCAAACACUUGCUGAAAUGCAAUUCUUGCACUGUAAGACGUGAAAGUUGGAUCAACUUAAAUUUUUAAAGUUUAUUUAACUUUUAGUUUGACUUGACAAACUUACUUUUUUAUGCGUUACCAAUUAAAGUAACUUUUUUAAGUUUAACCAACUUUUCACUUUUUACAGUGUGUCAACAAAGCAAACUAACUAUUUACUCUUUCUUGAGUGUCUUGUUAAUUAAAUCAAAACAGGAUUUAACUCCUCAUAAACUCUAAAGAUGUCUAGUCGGCAGUCCCACAAAUUUAAAGUGAUCUUCCCUUUGAACUGUAUUAAACUUGUAUAAAGUAUGUGUAUAUGAUAUGAGUUUUAUUUAUUGAAGGACCAAAGGAAUUUGAUAUUGUUGACAUGCUAGGCAAAUGAAUAAUUCAAAAUGUAAUGACCAUAUGUGUGAUAUAACAUUUUAAUAAAGUCUAAUAUAAUCCA